UUCUUUUCUCAGCCACCUGCAGGCUUGGUUAGCAGGACAGAGGGAUUACACACUUUGCUGGAGACAAUUCAAGCACUGUAGCAGCAGCCAUGGUGGACGCAGCAGCAGUGGAGCAGUUCCUGGAUGCCAACCCAUCGUUCGCCAAGGCGUACUAUGACACCUAUAUGAGGCCCAAGGUCAUCUCGAAGCUGCUGGACAGCAACCGGGUGACGGCGGUCAACAUCGGCACCUUCCACGAGUUGUCAUCGGUGGAGGAAAGCGAGAUCCUGUUUGACCUGGUGCGGGACAUCCAGGACAAUGUGCAGAUGGAGAAGUCUGUCUUCAACCUGAUGAAGCACCUCUGCUUCAUGUUACGGGCCGACUGCAUGAGCCUCUUCAUGUACCGGCAGAGGAACGGUACGGCCGAGCUCGCCACCAGGUUAUUCAACGUCAAGAAAGACUCGGUGAUGGACGACUGCCUGGUGCCGCCCGACAGUGAGAUCGUGUACCCGCUGGAUAUGGGCAUCGUGGGCCACGUGGCCACCACCAAGAAGAUGGUCAACGUUCCUGAUGUGACAGACAAUCCUCAUUUCAGCGACUUUGUGGACGAACUGAUGGAGUACAAGACCAAGAACGUCCUGGCCGUCCCCAUCCUGAACGGCAAAGAUAUGGUGGCCGUCAUGAUGGCCAUCAACAAACUGGACGGGCCGCACUUCACUGAGAAGGACGAGGAGACCAUGAACAAGUACCUGAACUUUGGCAACCUGGUGCUGAGGGUUUUCCACCUGAGCUACCUGCACAACUGUGAGACCAGGAGGGGACAAGUGCUGCUGUGGUCGGCCAGCAAGGUGUUUGAAGAGCUGACAGACAUCGAGAGGCAGUUCCACAAAGCCUUGUACACCGUCAGAGCUUUCCUCAACUGUGACCGCUACUCUGUGGGCCUGCUGGACAUGACCAAGAACAAGGAGUUCUUUGACCUGUGGCCAGUUCUAAUGGGAGAAGUUCCUCCAUAUGAUGGACCCAAAACUCCUGACGGCAGGGAAGUUAUCUUCUACAAGGUGAUUGACUACAUUCUCCACGGCAAAGAGGACAUCAAAGUCAUACCGAGCCCUCCGCCUGACCACUGGGCGCUGAUCAGCGGUUUACCCACCUACGUGGCCGAGACUGGGCUGAUUUGCAACAUAAUGAACGCAGCCGAAGAUGAAACUUUUGAAUUCCAGAAAGAGCCUCUGGACAACUCUGGCUGGACCAUAAAGAACGUCCUCUCCAUGCCAAUCGUCAACAAGAAGGAAGAAAUUGUGGGCGUGGCCACUUUCUAUAACAGGAAGGACGGGAAACCCUUUGAUGAAAUGGACGAAACUCUGAUGGAGUCCAUGACCCAGUUCCUCGGCUGGUCGGUGCUGAACACCGACACCUACGAUAAGAUGAACAAGCUGGAGAACAGGAAGGACAUCUUCCAGGACAUGGUGAUGUACCACGUCAAGUGUCGCAAGGACGAAAUCCAGAACGUUCUGAACACCAGGGAGAGAUGGGGGAAGGAGCCUGACGAGUGCGAGGAGGAGGAGCUCCAAGAGAUCCUGUCGGAGGUUUUGCCGAACUCGAAGAAGUCUGAGAUCUUGGAGUUUCACUUCUACGACUAUUGGCACACCGAGCUCGAUCUGGUGAAGUGCGGCAUCAAGAUGUACUACGAGCUCAAAGUGGUGGACAAGUUCCACAUUCCCAGAGAGGUCCUGGUGCGGUUUAUCUAUUCACUCAGUAAAGGCUACAGGAGGAUCACCUACCACAACUGGAGACACGGAUUCAACGUCGGACAGACCAUGUUCACUCUGCUGAUGACAGGUGAUCUGAAGCGCUACUACACAGAUCUGGAGAGCAUGGCCAUGGUGACCGCUGGCCUCUGCCACGAUAUCGACCACAGAGGAACCAACAACCUCUACCAGAUGAAGUCUGGUAAUCCUCUGGCAAAGCUUCACGGCUCCUCCAUCUUGGAAAGGCACCAUCUGGACUUUGGCAAGACUCUGCUGAGAGAGGAAUCACUCAACAUUUAUCAGAAUCUGAACCGCCGCCAGCACGACACCGUCAUCCACCUCAUGGACAUCGCCAUCAUCGCCACCGACCUGGCUCUCUACUUCAAGAAGAGGGCGAUGUUCCAGAAGAUCGUGGAUCAGUCGAAGACCUACGAGAACUGGAAUGACUGGACCAAGUACAUGAUGCUGGAGACCACGCGCAAAGAGAUCGUCAUGGCCAUGAUGAUGACCGCCUGUGACCUGUCUGCUAUCGCCAAACCAUGGGAGGUCCAGAGCAAGGUGGCGCUGUCUGUAGCUGCAGAGUUCUGGGAGCAGGGAGACCUGGAGAGGACCGUCCUGGAGCAGCAGCCCAUUCCCAUGAUGGACAGAAACAAGGCGGCCGAUCUGCCGAAGCUCCAGUGUGGUUUCAUCGACUUCGUCUGCGCUUUCGUCUACAAGGAGUUCAGCCGUUUCCACGUGGAGAUCACCCCCAUGCUGGACCGUCUGCUGAACAACAGGAAGGAGUGGAACGCCCUGAAGGAGGAGCACGAAGCCAAGCUGGCUGCCCUGGAGGAGGCCAAGAAGGCCGCCGAGGAGGCAACUCAGCAAGCCACGGCGGCCAAGCAAGGGGCAGCAGCAGGAGGCCAGUCACAGUCAAAGACGUGUGUUAUCUGCUAGAGAUGAAGCCACACCUCCAGCUCACUAACUACUGGUUGCGGGUCGCUGGUCGCUGGGUUUCCCAAAAGUCUUUUAGCACUCAAAUCAGUUUCUCUUCAUUCCAUUUCAGAUUUUUUUAGAUCCCAUUUUUAAGACCUCGUUUAAUUACUGGCAGUUCAGUUCGGUGACGUAACAUCUCAACACGUCUUACAUGCAUCUCACUGAACUCUACCUGCAUGUUUCUUUUUCUUUUACUUUAUCCUGUUCUGCAUUUCUCUGCAUUAUUUCUUCCUCUCCGUCUCUUCACAUUUCUUAUAGGUCCACUUGGACUUGAUUCUUUUUUUCCAGAAUAUGUAUAGCAGUGCAAAGUAAUUGUAUGUAGAAUCGCAAUUGUAAUUGGAAAUGUGGUAACUUUUCAACUGCAGUCAUUUGUGAUUCAUGUAUUAGUGGCACUGUAGAUAUUAAAAAAAUCAAUAAAAUCAAUAAAAAAUAAGCAAAAAA